AUGCAUCAGGACAAAGGAAGGAUUUAUUAUGGCAGAUUUGUCCAAAGAGAAAAAUUAAGCUAAGGUUCUUUUGGAGUAGUAUACAUUUGUCACGAUAAAGUAACAAGGGAAUAUAUUGCUAUGAAAGUGGAGAAAGAAAAUAAAGAUUUAAUGAGUUUAGAACGAGAAAUUUAAAUAAUUGAAGAACUAAGAGGAAUAGCAGGUGUUCCGAAGUUAUAUUGGUAUGGAAAUGAGUAUAAUCAAAAUUGCAUGGCUAUGCAAUUACUUGGAAGAGACCUGGCACAUUAUUAAAAGAAAUUUAAGAAACUCUCACUAAAAACAGUGUGUAACUUAGCUGAAUAAUUACUAACGAUUCUUGAAGAGAUUCAUAAAAGGGGUGUAAUUCAUAGGGAUAUAAAGCCAGAAAAUAUAUUGAUGGGAAGAGGAAAUGAUUAACAGUAAGUUUAUUUCGUUGAUUUUGGUAUAUCUAAGAAAUUUCGUAAUAACAAUCAACAUAUGUAAAAUUAUCUUUUAUGCAGUUCAUUCUAAGAAAAAAAGUCUUUUAUUGGUACAACUAGAUAUGCAAGUAUUUCUGCUCAUAAGGGUUAUGAACUAUCUAGAAGGGAUGACUUAGAAAGUUUAGGAUAUGUUUUUAUUUAUUUAUUAAGAGGGAAUUUACCAUGGUAGAACAUUAUCUCAUAAUCAGAUAAGGAGAAAACAAAACUAGUUGGCAAAUUCAAAAUGGAACUAGAAUUAAAAGAUUUAUGUAAAGGAUUACCCAAUGAAUUUCAAAGAUAUUUAGACUAUGUUUACAAAUUAAAAUUCACAUCUACACCAGACUAUUAAUAUUUAUUAGGUUUAAUUUAAAAAGCAGCUCAACAAAACAAUAUUAGUUUUGAUAGAAAAUUUGAUUGGAUGGACAAUCAAACUAGUUCUACAAAAUCUUCAGAUUAAGCUUAAUAAUCAUUUAAUGAUAUUGAUGUAUCAAACAUUUAAAGUGAUUAUCUCAAAUUACCAGAUUUGAAAAAAAGUGAAAGACGAAAAUCUUAUCAAAUGGAUUAAAGUUCUUAAUAAUCUUCAGUGGUUCUCAAUUAUGCACCUUCAAUUGUAUCAAAAGGAAAUAGUAGAAAUUUUUAGAGAUCUCGAUAAAAUUCAAAAUAAUCUUAUUCCAGAGAAUCUUCAUUAAUAAAAUAACCUUUGGAGUCAAAAUUUCAAGGACCAUUAUUUCAAAAUAGAGAAUUUCGAGAUUUUGAUGAAAUCGAAAACAAAGAGAAAGUCAAUCCAAUCAAAUUUUCCGAUUUUGAUGAUUUGGAUGAUGAAAUGAAUGAUGAUAGACAAAUUCCUCUAGGGUUUGGAAAUAUAUAGGUUCAUUUUAAAGAGCAUUUAUCUAAAUAAUGA